UUUCGGUCGCGGAUAAACCAGGGAUCCGGAGCUGCAAUCAUCAGACAGCCAAGUUCAAUACCUCACAUCCACGAAAAGAUCCUCCAGCGCCGACACUGACGACUCGAUUCGCACACAGGGAUAUUGACGAAUUUACAAUGGCAACAUCUCAAUUGAGAGUAAUUGGCGUCUUUGCGCGUGGUGCGCGCCUCUGCCAGCGCGCCUUCACCACCUCCGCUCGGCAAUUCGAGGCUGCUGUCUCUACCAAAACUAAUGAGACUGCCCCCGCCCCGGUCAACGAGAACAAGCCUGUUGAGAUCAAUCAAGCUCCCAACCGCGUCGGUGUCUGGUCCCGUAGCCAGAGACCGCGUUCUCAGGCCAUGACCGGCCCCCGAUUCGAGCAGACCGACUUCGAUCUCCAGCCUCAACCCAAAGCCGCCAUUGAGAUGAUUCACAAGCAACCCGUUACAUGGACGCACGACCGCAUUGUUGCCUGCAAUGGCGGUGGUGGCCCUGAGGGUCAUCCUAGAGUCUUCAUCAACACCGACAAGCCCGAGAUUGCUGUUUGUGGCUACUGCGGCCUGCCUUUUGCCCACGAACACCACCGAACCCAUCUCGAAUCCCUCCCAGAGACUUCUUACCCUCUAUCAUAAUCAGCAUCGAACGAUAGGACCGGAAAGGGAUGGUUGCUAUCUAGAUCACUACCUAGACAUGUGCUAGAGGCAAAAAUAGUCCGUGUACUGUGAUGUUUCUGAAUGGAGAACUCAAACUUCUGUAUAUACUCCGCGAAUAAAAUGAAAGAACAAACCGACAGCUUUCCUAGUGAGGCCUUAAUGUCCAUAUGCCCUCAUGACACGUUAAAAUCACCAUCGAUUCAGCAUGUUCUUUAAGAACCA